GUGUAUACGUUGUUCCCUGAAAGGUGCUGCAAGGAAACGUUUCUCCCAUUGCCUCUCAACAUUUUUCAAAGGACACUGCUGUGUUUUUAGAGUUUUUACCUUUUUCUUUUCACUUUACUUUCAAGAGUUUUAUCUUUUCCCUUCUUUUAACUUUCUUCGUAUAUAUACACGAUGCACGCCCUGGAAUCGAGGUUUAUACUCGCUCUCUGGCUUUUUUCCCGCAUUUCGGUUCGCGCAUGGGAAAUCCGGCCAUAUCCGAGCUCCGGAGGACGUUCCGAGAAUGAAAUAGAGUUAGACGAACCAACGGAAAGGAUAGAUAUUAUAUUUCCAGGAACAAAGUGGUGCGGAAGUGGUAAUAUAGCGAGCAAUCCGGAUGAUUUAGGAAAAUAUUCCGAAACCGACGCGUGCUGCCGAAAUCACGAUAUGUGUCCUGACGUAAUCGAGGCUCAUGGAACGAAACACGGCUUAACUAACCCUUCCUUUUACACCAGAUUAAACUGCUCCUGCGAUGAUGAGUUCCACCGAUGUCUUAAAAAUUCAAAAGAUGGUGUCGGCGGAAAAGUAGGAACUGUAUAUUUUACCUUAUUAGGAACGCAAUGCUUCCGAGAGGAUUAUCCCGUUGUUGGUUGCAAAUCCAGCACCUUAACUGGCCAUUGUUUGAAGUACGAGUUUGACACAACAAAACCAAAGAAGUAUCAAUGGUUUGACGUGCCUUCUUACUAGUCAACUUUCAACGAACCUCGAAUAUUAACAUACUUUCGUUACAUAAUAUACGUAAACACGAAUUAUUAACAUGUUAAUAAAAUAACAGCAAACAUCUGAUGAUGUUUCUAAGAUCCAUGUUAUUUCCAGAACGCCGCAUACUGUUCUAUCUUCUGAUUAGAUGACUUUAUUUACGCUAAUUUAAUUAUACUAUGCAUGCGUCUCGAACAGCGAAAAGAAUCACGUAGCACAGGUUUUCGAAAAUUUCUAUAUAAUACUUAGUGCACUAUAAUACAUUCAGGUAAAUUGUCAUCGAAACAAAGUUUUUAAAAGCAUACUCUUCGCGUGUGUACAAAAAGUAAUUUUUUAACAUCAGAUUCCGGUUGAUAUUUUUGAAGGAAAAACAGUUGAGAUAUUCUUGCACUCAUAUUUUAGCCGUUUAGAUCGAUUGUACAUAUAUACACUGCCGCUCAAAAGUAUGUAGACACCUCCUUAACUCUUGCGUCUAUCUAAAAAACAUUAUGAAAUCUUUAAUGAACUUUAUUAAAUUUCAUGUAUGCUAGUUCGUACAGUAUUAGAGAACGCAUUUAACCAAUAAUUCAUCAAAUAUUUUACCAACAAUAAUAAAAAACAAUUAUAUCUUCUUCUCAUCGGUAUAUUCUCUUCUUUUCAUCAGCUGUGUGCUUUUGUGUAUCGUGACAUUCUGGCUGUUAGUUUUUUCAUUACUUCAUUGUCAAUUAGGUUCCACUCCGAAGACUUCCCAUAAAUGUUUUUUUGACUUUGGACUUAUUCUGUGCCCUGAAGGAAUGACGUUCUCUCGUAAAAUGUUCAAAUAAGCCUCUCCUUUUUAAAUAUCAUUUUUAUAAUAAAUAAAAUCUCUCGU